UACUGCGAGAGGCUGAGAGGGACGCAGCCAGGGAACUGCUGUCCGGACCGACUGGACGACUGCAGCAGUCCAAUCCUGGACACCCUCUGCUACUGCGAUGAAUUCUGCGACCGUGGCGCCUCUGGCGACUGUUGUCCAGAUUACUUCUCCUACUGCCUGGGCGAGAAGGGACCCGAUCCCGUGAUUGCUGGAUGCAAUCACAGAGGAAGAAAACUUCUGCCCGAGCAGAGCGUUAAAGAGAACUGCAAUAUUUGCAAGUGCGUGAAGGUCAGCGACACGCUCGCCGAGCUGAUGUGCGACACCAGCAAGUGCCUAGUGCAGCCGGAGCUGAUCGGCGACAUCAACAGCCAGGACGCCUACGGCUGGAGGGCCAGCAACUACUCUCAGUUUUGGGGAAAGAAGCUCAACAGCGGCCUCCAGUAUCUGCUCGGUACCCGUUACCCCCACGACAUGGUGAGUGGCCGGGUGCUGACGUUUCUCCACUUCCGUCCGCGGGAGAAUGCCGGUCUGUCAUAUGUCUUCAGGAGAAUGUCUUUAAACCCGUAAUCGUUCAUCCAUAUU